AUGCAUGAGCAGAAUAUAUCUCACGUCUUUCUCCUGGGAUUUCCAAAUCUUAACAACUUUAACAGUUUAUUGUUCUUUUUCCUUCUCCUCAUUUACUGUGUUACCAUAUGUGGUAAUGUUAUCAUCAUUUUUUUUGUUUCAAUUAGUAAAAAUCUCCACUCUCCCAUGUAUUUCUUCAUCACACAAGUGUCUCUACUUGAUAUUCUGAUGACCACGAAUAUUCUCCCUAACUUGCUUCACAUUGUCCUGCAGGAUGGUGCCUCCAUGUCUCCUGCUGCCUGUUUAUUACAAUUUUAUGUGUUUGCCAACUGUGAGACAUCGGAGUGUCUCAUACUGACAGUGAUGUCAUAUGACCGAUAUCUGGCUAUCUGUAACCCACUGCGAUAUAAUGCUAUAAUUAACAAUGCAUUUUGUAUAAAAUAUGUCAUUGCAUCGUGGUUAUUAAGUUUCUUUGUGUUGUUGGUGAAUGAAAUAGAGAUGUAUAAAUUAAGCUUUUGUGGACCAAAGGUAAUUGACCAUUUCUUCUGUGAUUUUCUUCCUAUCCUAGAGCUUUCUUGUUCUGAUACAUCACGUAUUCAAAUUCAAGCAACUUUAUUUGGCAUUAUUAUUGUCAUCUGUCCAUUCACCAUGAUAAUUGUUUCUUAUAUGUACAUCAUCACCACCAUCCUAAGCAUACGCUCUAUCACUGGGAGACAGAAAGCCUUCUCCACCUGCAGCUCCCACCUGACUGUUGUGUGUAUAUAUUUUGGAACUAUAUUUUCUGUGUACAUGGUUCCAUCAAAAGGACAAUUAUUGGAGGCCAGCAAGGCAUUAUCACUGUUUUAUACUGUGGUGACCCCAUUGGUUAAUCCAUUCAUAUACAGCCUGAGGAAUAAAGACUUCAAGGGAGCAUUUGAAAGACUUAAAUAUCAUUUUCAGUUACUGUCAUUUAAUUAG